AUGCCGCCCAGGCUCAGUCCUUUGAAUGAUGCCUGUCAUCAUGUUGGUGCAAAGACUGACAAAACAUGGAAACUGGAGGUGAAAUUCAUUGAUGCAGUAAAAGGACGUGGUUUGUUUGCCGUAGGUUCCAUCUGCAAGGGAGACUUUGUGGUUGAAUACAGGGGUGAUUUGAUAGAUGAUGCUGAAGCCGAGAGGAGGAGAAAAGUUUAUCACCCGUCCAUGUGCUGCAUUUUCUUUCUCUUCAAGUGGAUUGGGAAAACAUGGUGGUAA